CGUGUGCUUUUGUCCGCCCUCCUCCCGCUUGCUUGCUUUCUUUCUUCCUCCCUCUUUCUCCCCUUUUUUGCAGUAGCCGCUGCCGCGCAGCAGGGGCUCCCUUGGCUCUCCCUGUGGCCGGCGCUUUCGCGGGCGCGGAACUACUUUCCUGCCUCCUCCUCCUCCUUCGCCUCUCUUUCUCCGCUUCGCCUCCAAGGAAACCCACUCUCCUGAUCCAUCCAGGCAUCGAUCGGGGCGCAUUUUGGAAGGCGAGGCGGGUUCCCUCCCCGUUGUGUCCCCGAGAAGGCGGACGGGCAACUCACUUGUCCGCACGGGAGCCUUUGGGGAGAGGAGAGCCCUUUCUUUCUUUCCUUCCCUCGCUUCUUCCUCGCCCUGGAGAGCCCCCGAGGAGCCUCGCCCCCACCUUCCGCCUGGGACCCUUUCUCCAGAGAUGGCAUUUUGGCUUGAAGUGCAUUGACUGAGAAGAGAAAUGAAGUCCAAGCAGUCCAAAUGGUUGCCUGAAUUCCAGGUGUUCUGCAGAUUUCUGGCUGGAGCUCUUAGCAAUUCACCAGAAGGCCUCUUACUCUUGGCAUUGCAUAGAGUGUGGACUCCUAUGCAACCUUGCCUAUAGCAGUCAGAAUGAGUAUGAUGCCAUUGGGGGCAUUCCUUCUUUCUGCGCUGUGUUUCCUGGGGACCAUCAUCCCACCAGGACUACAAUAUGCCUCCUUUUCGUACAACGCCACCAAGUUUCUUCAUUUGGUCAUGGAUCCUGAUUCAGGGACUCUCUAUCUGGGAGCGACAAACUUCCUUUUCCAGCUGACCCCGGACCUGACGAUGGAGGAAGCCGUUUCCACGGGGCCUUUCUAUGACAGCAAGGAUUGCCUUCCUCCCGUCACCAUGGAGAACUGUCCCCCGGCCCAAAAGACGGACAACUACAACAAGCUCUUGUUAGUCAAUCCCCUGGAAAAGGAGCUCAUCGUGUGCGGCAGCGUUUGGCAAGGGAUCUGUGAGAAGAGGAGGCUUGGCUCGAUUAAAAAUGUCCUCUUCCAACCUCAGACUCCAGGAGACACUCAAUACGUGGCAGCAAAUGACCCCAAUAUUUCCACAGUGGGGUUGGUUGGGUACUCCAAAGACAACGUGCCACUCCUCUUUGUGGGCCGAGGGUAUACCAGUCGGGGAGUGGGAGGCAGCAUUCCCCCCAUUACGACGCGAAAUCUUAGGGCUCACCCAGGAGAAAUCCCAGGUCUGGAUUCACACCCCAUCUUCUCCUACGAGGAAACUGCAAAACUGGCCGUGGGCCGGCUCUCGGAAUAUAACCAUCACUUUAUCCAGUCGUUCACUCAUGGCUCCAGCGUUUACUUCUUAUUUUACCGGCGUGAUCUGAAGUCACACUCCCGCGAGUAUAGGACCUACAUUUCAAAGAUCUGCCUGGAUGACUCGCACUAUUACUCCUAUGUGGAGCUACCAUUGCUCUGUAGGAGCAAAGACAAAACUUACAGCCUCCUGCAAGCUGCCUAUGUUGCACAACCCGGUGAAGAAGGAGGCAAUGGCUCAGCCCAAGGAGAUGUGCUUUUUGCUGCCUUUUCCGCCUGGCAGGCAUCUUCGGGGAAACUGAGCGAGGAAUCUGCACUAUGUAUUUAUACCAUGGACGAGGUGGACCGCCUCACCACACAGACCAGGGACCUCUGCUAUACCAAGGAUGGGAAAUCGGAGGAAGGGGUAGAGGUGGCGUAUAUUGAAUAUGACGUCAAUUCCAUCUGUGUCCAGCUGUCAGCGGACACUUUGGAUGCCUAUCCCUGUGGUUCAGACCACACUCCAAGUCCCAUGGCCAGCCGGCUGCCACUUGAAGCCACCCCGAUCCUGGAAAAACCCGAUUCACGUCUCACAGCAGUAGCAGUCAGCAUUGAAGAUGGACACACUGUCAUCUUCCUGGGGGACAGCAAAGGUCAACUGCACAAGGCCUACCUGGGAGCAAUGGGAGACGCUCACCUCUAUGCUUCUCAGGUGAUCCAGCCCAACAGUGCCGUGAAUGGAGACCUCCUUUUCGACCAGCCCAAGGAGCAUCUGUAUGUCUUGACUCAGUCUAUGGUAUCCAAAAUUCCCAUAUUCGAGUGUUCUCUGUACUCUGACUGCGAGUCCUGUUUGGCGCUGAGGGACCCGUAUUGUGGCUGGUGUGUCCUCCAAGGAAAAUGCAGCCGUCGCUCUGAGUGCUUCAGGUUCCAAGUGAGUGAGCAGUGGCUCUGGGGUUUCAAUUCAACCCAACAGUGUCUGUCCGUCCAGUCAGUGGCCCCAGCCAGCAUCAGCCGAGAAGUACAGAAAAAUAUACUCUUGACUCUUUCGGAUUUGCCGGCCCUGCAGAAUGGGGAGUCGUAUUCAUGCUUCUUUGAGGACUAUGAAAGCCCAGCGGUGCGGAUGGGGCCAGGCAUCAUGUGUCCCUCACCAGAUCCCAGCCAUGCACCAAUUUUGAAAGCAGGAACAGACCACAUAACCAUUCAGCUGGUGGUCCGCUUCCGUGAUGUUUUCAUUGCUUCAACAGCAUUCUCCUUUUACGAUUGCACGGCUGUGGCGUUUCUGCGGAAAUUGGCACCGUGCCAGGGGUGUGUGAGCAGCCAUUGGGGUUGUAACUGGUGUGUCCAUCAGCAUCUCUGCACACAUAAAGCCAUCUGUGAGGAAGGAGCCAUUAUCUACAAUGAGAGGGCUCAGACACCAAGCAUCAGCCCAUUCCUACUCUCAACCACUCCGUACGCAGCAGAAUCCCCCUCACCUUCUCCAGAUGUAGCUACUGAACCCCCUCUCCUCUCAGCCACACCUGUGCCAACGUCCACUCCAAGUCCCACCACCGAACCGGUUACCCCGUCCACCACACUGCCCCCAACUACCAUCAGGACUACCCUGCAGCCAGAAACCCUCAGUUCCACCCAUGUGCUCUCAACAACCGUAGACACUGGCACUACCUUGGAAGCAACCACAGGCUCCUCGACACUGAGCCCAACUGAAGUGCCUGCGACUACUCCAGCUACCUCUGAGCCUACCUCCAGCAGCGAACCAGAGACAUCUGGCCCUGUGACACACUCUACCUCACAACCCGUUAUUGAAACCGAAGGCUGGUCAACCGUUGCUUCUUUGACUACUCCUCAUAGCACAUUGCAGCCUUUUGUGGAGGCGCUGACAGCUUUCCCAGAUACAGAAAAUUCCACAACGCCAUCUCCCAUCCCAGUGGAGUCCACAUCUCCUGUGCCAACACCUUUCAACUCCAAUCAGACAGAAAAUGCUUCCAUAUCUUCCUCUGACUUACCACCAGAAGACCUGGAGACAGAGCAGUCUUUUUCUAAGGAAGUCUCAUCUACAGACCUUCCGGACUGGUUACCUCCCGAGGAUAGCACUGAAUCAAUGGAGUCGCCGGAAAAUGACACAGCCUCCCUUUCUGCCUCUAUCCUUUUGUCAGGCGAUGGAGAUUCCUCAGAGAGCGAUAGCUCAGAUUUCCCCAGGAUCCUGAACCAGGGGCUUGACUAUCAGUACGAUGCUCCUGGAUUUCUAGAUUUGAGUGAGGAGUUCAAUUGGGGACCAGAAGCAUGCCCUUGUGUGAGGGGAAUUCAAGGGUCCUCUCUCAUGCCGGUCAAUGUAGAAAGGAAGAUAACACUGAUCGGAAGAAACUUCCAUCUCUAUCAGGAUCAGCUCUGGGACUAUGAAUGUGCCUUGGUUCUGGAGGGGAAGACCUUGGUGAUGGAGGCUUAUAUAGAACAGGAUGAAAACAAUCCAUCCCUUUGCUAUAUCACUUGCCAACUGCACCAGUACAGCUACUCAGCCCCCCAACUUGAAUUCAGUGCAGUAAUAUUUGUGCAGAGAAAGCGGCAUCUCCGUGUGGACAGCAUCGAAGACCUCCACGUGACGCUCUACAAUUGCUCCAUGGGACACUUGGAUUGCAGCCGCUGCCAAACCGCAGAUGCCAAGUAUAACUGCGUGUGGUGUGGAGGGGAGCAGCCCAGCUGCCUAUUUCGGGACUCCUGCAAAGAAGAGGUUGCAGACGUGUGUCCGGCUCCUCUCAUUCAUUCAGUUUAUCCUUUAACUGGGCUGACAGAAGGUGGCACCAGAAUCACCAUCAGUGGUUCAAACCUUGGUCAGAAACAUGAAGAUAUUGCAGAGACAGUCACUGUGGCAGGAAUCCCCUGUGAGGUUGAUACUCUGGUUUAUGAGAUCUCCAGCAGUAUCGUAUGCACCACGGGCGGAAGCGGCACAGAGAGGUCCGGGCAUGUGGUCGUGGAGGUUCCCGGAGGAGGACAGGGAGUCUCUGCUCACGUGUUCACAUACCAGAACCCAGAGCUGAAAUCCAUUUCUCCAUCCCGAGGUCCCAAGGCUGGAGGCACCAGCCUGACAUUGAAGGGCACCAAGCUGCUGACGGGAAAUCCCAGCAAAAUCAGCAUUCUGAUUGGAAACUUCCCUUGCUAUAUUCGUUCUGACCUGCAGGAGGACACGCUGCAGUGCCUCACAAGUCCCAGCAAUGCAUCUGUGCCACUUCCGGUCACAAUCAAGUAUGGAGAUCAAGAACGGAAAUUGGAGCAUUCCCUCUUCAAGUAUACGCCAGACCCCAACAUCACAUAUGCAGAACCAGCCAAGAGUUUCCAGAGUGGAGGAAGAGAAAUCCGGGUUCAUGGGCAUAACCUUGACGUUGUGCAACAGCCCAGGAUCCAGGUCACGGUUUCACCACUGGAGCGCCGACGCCGGGGCCUUGGGAGAUGGCGUCGAAUUAUCCCCGAUACAGAAUGUCUGGAGAAUUCCCUCUGCAGCAUUCAACAGUUUGAAGAGCCCUGUGAGGUCAACUCCUCCCAUCUCAUCCUGUGCAAAACACCCGGCAUUCAACAGCUGCCCCACUCCAUCCAAGUAAAACUGGAGUUUGUCCUGGAUAAUCUCAUCUUUGACUUCAACUCAUUCCAUCCAAGUGGCUUCUCCUAUGAGGUGGAUCCCAUCUUGAAGCCACUCAACACAGAGGACCAAAGCAAACCCUAUCGUCACAAGCCUGGAAGUGUCAUCUCUGUGGAGGGAGAGAAUCUGGACUUGGCAAUUAGCAAAGAAGAGGUGAAAGCCAUGAUUGGAGUCGGAAUCUGCUCAGUGAAGACCCUCACGAAGAACCAUCUCUAUUGCGAGCCUCCUACGGAGCAACCAGUCCCGCAGCACCGGUCCAAGCGGGAAGGCGCAGACUCCUUGCCAGAGUUCACAGUUCAGAUGGGAAAUAUGAACUUUUCGCUCGGUCGGGUGCAAUAUGACACGGAGAGCCAGCUCAACUUUCCCCUGGAAGCCCAGAUUGGAUUGGGUGUUGGAGCCUCCUUUGUUGCGUUGAUUGUUCUCAUCAUUGUCUUCAUAUACAGGCGAAAGAGCAAGCAGGCCCUGAGGGACUACAAGAAGGUUCAGAUUCAGCUAGAAAAUCUGGAAACAAGUGUUCGGGAUCGAUGCAAAAAGGAAUUCACAGAUCUCAUGACCGAGAUGAUGGAUCUCACCAGUGACUUAGUUGGGACUGGGAUUCCUUUCUUGGAUUACAAGACCUAUGCAGAACGCAUCUUUUUCCCUGGCCACCGUGAGUCACCAUUACAAAGGGAUUUGGAUGUGCCUGAAUCUCGGAGGCAAACGGUGGAACAGGGCUUGGUGCAGCUCUCCAAUCUCCUCAACAGCAAGCUCUUUCUCACCAAGUUUAUCCACACCUUGGAAAUUCAGCGCACAUUCUCUCCAAGGGAUCGGGCCUAUGUCGCAUCGCUUCUCACAGUCUCAUUGCAUGGGAAACUUGAAUACUUCACAGACAUCCUCAAGACUCUCCUGAAUGACCUGGUGGAGCAGUAUGUAGCCAAGAAUCCUAAGCUGAUGCUGAGAAGGACAGAAACAGUGGUUGAGAAGUUGUUGACCAAUUGGAUGUCCAUCUGCCUCUAUGCAUUUGUAAGGGACUCUGUUGGGGAGCCCCUCUAUAUGCUCUUCCGAGGGAUCAAGCACCAGGUGGACAAGGGGCCCGUGGACUGGGUAACCGGGAAGGCAAAGUACACCUUGAACGAUAACCGCCUUCUCCGAGAGGACCUGGAAUAUCGCACACUGACAUUAACAGUCUUGGCUCAAUCUGGGAACACAGUAGGAAGUACGGAGGGUGCCCAAGGAGUGUUGGUGAAGGGUCUGGACUGUGACACAAUCACUCAGGUGAAGGAGAAGAUCCUUGAUCAGAUCUACAAAGGGACACCUUACUGCCACCGACCAGACCCAGACUCCCUUGAUCUGGAAUGGAGAUCAGGGCUGGCCGGGCACCUUAUCCUCUCUGAUGAAGAUGUGACAUCAGUUGUUCAGGGCAAUUGGAAGCGUCUCAACACAUUGCAGCACUAUAAGGUGCCUGAUGGAGCCACGGUUGCCCUUGUUCCUCGUAUGACCAAGCACCUUCCCAGGGAGAAUCAGGAUUACAUCCCUGGAGAGAAGACUCCAAUGUUGGAAGAUGCUGACGAAGGUGGGAUGAAGCUUUGGCACCUGGUGAAGCCUACGGAGGAGCCUGAGCUGCCAAAACAUCGGCGAGGGAGUCUUCGUGAGCGGGAGAGAGCCAAGGCCAUCCCAGAGAUCUAUCUAACCCGCCUCCUCUCCAUGAAGGGAACUCUUCAAAAGUUUGUGGAUGACUUGUUCCAAGUGAUCCUGAGUACCAGCCGUCCCGUCCCACUGGCUGUGAAGUAUUUCUUUGACCUGCUGGAUGAGCGGGCAUUGAGUCAUGGGAUCACAGACCCAGAAACCAUCCAUAUCUGGAAGACAAACAGCCUGCCUCUGAGGUUCUGGAUCAACAUCAUCAAGAACCCACAGUUCGUCUUUGAUGUGCAGACAUCAGAUAACGUAGAUGCUGUGCUGUUGGUCAUUGCUCAAACCUUCAUGGAUUCCUGCACCCUUGCUGACCACAAGCUGGGCCGGGACUCUCCCAUUAACAAGUUGCUCUACGCCCGUGACAUUCCACGCUACAAGCAGAUGGUGGAAAGGUACUAUGCAGAUAUCCGUCAAACCAUCUCUGCCAGUGACCAGGAGAUGAAUUCUGCUCUGGCUGAGCUAUCGCGAAAUUACUCAGGUGAACUCAAUUCCUUGGUGGCUCUGCAUGAACUCUACAAGUACAUCAACAAGUAUUAUGACCAGAUUAUUACGGCAUUGGAGGAGGACCCAACGGCCCAGAAGAUGCAGCUGGGAUACCGCUUGCAACAGAUUGCCGCAGCUGUGGAGAACAAAGUCACUGACUUGUGAUGUGCCCAGGACAGAGGGACAGUCAGACGAGUGGAGCAGGAGGACAGACAACCUCCUGCUGCAAUCAGGACCACGUGCUCCACAUUGAGGCGGAAAGAGGAGCAGACCAGGAAACGCCAAGCGCAAGGGGCCAAGUGUGCCAGUGGAUUCUCUCUCUUUUCUCUCUAUUUUUUACAGACUUGUUACAAAUAGUAAAAGUAAUGGUGAUAAUAAUAAACAUUGCUUAGGGAAGACCUUUCUGUAAACGGAACCUGAGCUCCCUCCGGAUGAGCCAAGUCAAGCAGCCAGGAGGCCAUGGGAGGAAGAGACUUGAUUUAGCUGUGCAAGAUGUGUUGCAUCUCUUGCAGCCUGAAGUUACUGAGGAUUUCGUUAUAGGCAAGGACCUUAACUGGGACCACAUGAGAGAAAAUAGCCGUCCCCUGGCUACGUAGCAGGGAAGAACACCCACUUCCCCAGGCUGACCGUGGGGUAUAUCCCUUGCGGUAUCUGGUGGCACUUCCUUUUCCCCCCCAGAAUUAUGGCUUCAAAGCAGGCUAGGACAAGUUCAAAGGUACAGGCUGAGGAAGGAAGAGUUGGCCUGAAAUUCAAAGGCACCUGGGACUCCCAUCAAACCAUCAAGUUGGUCCUUGCAACCCCCAGCAAAGGCACUUGGUUCUCCCUCCUCAGCACAUGAACAUGCGACUGUUUCUUCAGGCAGAGCUACUGCCUCCACCAUCCUGUUCUCAGAAAGCACAAAAAGAAGCCUUCCUUUCUUCUGACUGCCUCGCAUUCUCCGUUUUCUGCUGCUUUGUAGAUUGCAUUGCAGACUUGAGUUUGGGGGGGGGGGGGAGUAUUUGAGCACAUGAUUUAAAACACCCCUUGCCUUUUGAUCUACCACUUCUCCGCCAGCAAUACCCCACUUUCAUGAAGUUAAUUCCUGCCACCAACAAACUGCCUAGAAAGUUACUUUGGAGGACAGUUCCUCGAAUCUCCACUAGACAUUCUGGCUGGGGAUUCUGGGAGUUAUACUCCAAACACUAACUUUCCUCAACCCUGCCCGUGUCCCCCAUGGGGGCGUUUCUAUAAUGACGCUGCCAGACUUGACUUACAUUUUUACAACACUUGUUUGCAGUCCUGACGUCUUCUGUAAUCUGAGAUUGAAAUAUCUCUCUUUCUCCCAAGGCAGCCUUUAUGAUUGCCAUGCCUAUAGUUGAAGUUGCCAAAUCUUUACUACUCAUUUUUCCAGCUUCUUUUGCCAUCAAGAAAAAGCACCUGGAUCUAUAGGCAGCAUGAAUUGCUUUGAUAUGAGCAUCCAUGCCACAAUAAGCAUCACUUGCUGAUUCCUAUAGAUCAUUAAGCUGCUAGUAAACGGCACAGGAGCAAGCUGAGUGGGCUUCUUUUAGCUAAAGUUGGCUAUCCUAUCUUACUGUGCGGCUGAAAUGAAAUUCAAAUCAUGAGGGCCCCUUUCAUGUACUACCUAGCUUGAUUCCCCUUUAACUGCCGUGGCCCCUUCUUAUAAAAUCCCUGGGAUUGUAGUUUGUUGGAGCCCCCAAUAGCGCAGUGUGUUAAAGCGCUGAGCUGCUGAACUUGCAAACCGAAAAGUCGCAGGUUCGAAUCCUGCGAGCAGGGUGAGCGCCCCCUGUUAGCUCCAGCUUCUGCCAACCUAGCAGUUCGAAAACAUGCAACUGUGAGUAGAUCAAUAGGUACUGCUCCAACGGGAAGGUAACGGCACUUCAUGCAGUCAUGCUGGCCACAUGAUUUUGGAGAUGUCUACGGACAACGCCAGCUCUUCGGCUUGGAAAUGGAGAUGAGCACCAAAUCCCAGAGGCGGACAUGACUGAACUUAACGUCAAGGGAAACCUUUACCCUUGUUGAGGGUAGUUUGUUGAGGCCCAAGAGCCCCUUGGCUGAGAAUCUAAAUGCCCCCCAAACUACAAAUCCCAGACUUCCAUAGGAUGCAACCAUGGCAGUUAAGGUGGAAUCAUAGUGCCAUAACUAUAAUGUGAAAAGGUCCCAGGUGAGACACUGCUGGAUUGUUCUACAUUCCUUCCUGUCAGGAGGAACCUUCACACCGGCACUGCUAACAUUCCUUUCUUUCUUCUUGUUUCAGUGGUCCUCAACCUGUGGGUCCCCAGGUGUUUUGGCCUACAACUCUCAGAAAUCCCAGCCUCUUUACCAACUGUUAGGAUUUCUGGGAGCUGAAGGCCAGAGGGGAGCCACAGGUUGAGAACCUCUGCAGAUGUUAGUGAUAUUUCUGUAGGGUUGUACUAUUUGACACUGGAGGUGUCCAUCCUUUCUUGCAAACCAUCUAAUAAGAUUGUCAGCUUUUUUGCAAAGCUUUGCACAACAGAAACACACAAAGGGUGCAGGUUUUCUCACUGCUGCAUUUCUCAGGCAACAAAACAGAUGUAAAGUUUGUCUUGGACUGAUCUCUAACGAGAUGUAAGCCUUAGAGGGCUGCAGAACUCUACAGUAUUUUUUUGUUAAAAGAGUUUUCUGUGACUUAAAAGAUUGUAUGUCCAAAAUAGGUAGAGAUGAACUGCAUGACUGAUUUAAAAAAAAGGAAAAAUUGCCAUCAUACUAUUCAGCUAGGUGUUACAGUGCCAGAGUAGGGUGCUCAAACUUUUCCCUCUGAGCCAUUUCUCUCUUUUCAGUUCCUUCUCUAGUCACUGUUGCCCUUUUGGGGAAAAUAUACAGGUGCCAUCCAUAUUUUCAAGUGUCUGGCAAACAUCAGGUUUAAGGUGAGAAGAUUCAAAUUAAGUAAAUGGCAUUAGGGCGAUUUCCUUUCCCAAAGCACUGCAGUGUCUAUUUAAAUGGUCUCUUAAGAUCCACUGGGGUUUGGUUCCAUUACCCCCAAUGGAUACCAAAAUCCAUGGAUGUUCAAGUCCCAUUAUAUACAAUGGCAUUGUAAAAUGGCAAAUAACUCAAACAAGUGCCAGAGAAAGCCUGAGGAUCUGUGAAAUAACAGGAGGCUGCAGCAGGGGAUGUGAUUGCAUACACAUCAGCAUAAUGCUCAGUGUAUGGCAAAAUCAUUUGCAUUUUGUAUUUUCCUCACAUAUUUGCAGCUGGGGAUACAGAAUCUAUGGAUUAUAACUUUUUUUUUUUAAUUGGAAAGAAAUCCUAUUCAUGGGUGGAUUUCCUGUGUCAUGCCUAACUUGGGCCUAAGUUAAAUAUAGCCUUCCAUAAACUCUGGAUGUGUUCAACUACAAAUCCUACUAUCCUCAGUCAGGAUGUUCAUUGGCGAUAGGAGUUGUAGUCCAACAAAUUGAGCAUGGCCCUGGUUGGAGAAGACUCUCCUAAGAGGUAGAAAAGCUGAUGCCUAUUGAGCAGUGGUAUAGCACAAUAAUAAGAAAAAUAGCUAUUCAUAAACUUUAACUUUCCUGGUUCCAAGCCUAGCCAUAAUCUUUCCCUAGUGCCUUAAGCCAGCAAUUUCUCUUUUAGCCACAGUCUUGGGCUUACAACUUGAGGAUUGCUGAUAAUCAUAUUGGCUUACUUUACCUAGUAACUUUCAUGUGCUCAGGUGCUUAGGGAAAUGUCUAUGUUAACAUUAAGACUAGUAUGGCCAGAAACUCCAUAUGGUUCUCAGCAGAUGAUCAUCUAAUGCAGUGGUUCUCAACCUGGGAACCCAGAUGUUUUUGGCCUUCAACUCCCAGAAACCCUAACAGCUGGUAAACUGGCUGGUAUUUCUGGGAGUGGUAGGCCAAAAACAUCUGGGGACCCCAGGUUGAGAACCACUGAUCUAAUGGUUUGAGCAUUGGAAUAUGACUCUGGAGACCAGAGUUUGAAUCCCUGCAUGGCCAUGGAAACCCAGUAGCUGACUUGAAAUAAGGCACACUCUCUUAGCUUCAGAAGUGGGCAAAAGCAAAGCCCCCUUUGAACAAAUCUUGCCAAGAAAACCCCAAAAUAGGUUCGCCUCAGGGUUGCCAUAAAUUGGAAAUGACUUGAAGGCACAUGACAACAAUAGUCGCACCUGCAAUAUUAAGAUGUCACCUGUCUUGUGCCUCUUGUGCUCUGCAGCCAACAGUGGUAACACAUAUUUUGCAGCUAUACUUAAAGCUCUCAGGCUUAUAUGUUUUUUUCCCCCCAACCUCACCUCUUAUGUCUGGUGUUAACACCUCAAAUGAGAAAUGAUGGAGCUUGAGCCAUCUUAGGACAUCUGACCUGGAAGUUCUUCCUCAACAGAAGAUGGCAUGACAUUGAGCCAAUGCUGAAAGGAAGCCAUUUUGUACACGUUCAGCAGUGCUAUUGUAGGUGUUAUCCCCAUUUCAAGACUGGUCUGGUAGCUGAAAACAUGUUUUGGGUGUCUAGUUAAAAUUAAUACUACCUCUGAUGGGAGCUUCAGUCAGGAUUCUGCUUAAUGGGGAACUUUUGGGGAAUGUUAGAAUCCCUUGACAUUGAUAAGGGAAUGGAAGCAUUGUUGUCCAAAAUAUUUGGAGGUCUAAAGGAUCCUCAACCAAUUCUUCAGUCUACAAAUUUUUUUAAAAGGUGGCUAUAUUCAAAAGAAAACAAACAGGCAGUUCUGACUUUCAUAUUAUACAUAAUACAUGCUUGCAGGAACUUCAUCAAUGACGAUGAUGAUGGAGAAAGCAGCUGUUUAUGGUGGGUGUUAGGAAACGGUUUACCUUCUCCAAACUUGGGGGAACUUGGUAUAUCUUUACCUUGUUUCUGUCCUCUUUGUGUGUUCUGUUCCAGUUCCUCAAAAAUGUUUUUUUUUUCUCAACUGAUCUGAGAAUUAAUUAUUAUUAAUCUGGAAAGCUUGACAAGAAAAACCAGCCUGUAUUGUUUUGUUCCAUAGUAUGAUAAUGUUAUUGUAGAUACUGUUCUGAGCAAAGUAGGAAUUUUAUCAUGAAACGAGAAGUUUUGUCUGUAAAUAAUCAGUUUAGAUCCCAGAUGACUUUAUUACAGAGCAAAAUUCUUACACGGUAAUUCAAUAAACUUUAAUAUACAACACAGA